AAAUGAUAAUGAAAAAGGAGCUCGUUAAAAAUGGGAAGUGGAGGGUUCGCUAGUCUUCUUCUUCGCACCUCUUUUGCUUUCACUUGCUCUCAACGCAGAUUCAAAUCCUUCUCUCCUUCUCCGAGUACCUCAGGAGCUCAUCAACAUCAUCGCAUGGCCGCUGAAGCUUCUCCUUCUGCGAAUGACGGCGCCGCGUCUUCUUUUCCUAGUGAUUCCUCUGCUAUUGAUUUUCUUUCUUUGUGUCACAACCUCAAGAAAACGAAGAGAGCUGGAUGGGUGAAGAGAAAUGUAAAUAAUCCUGAAUCGAUAUCUGAUCACAUGUACAGAAUGGGUUUGAUGGCUCUUAUUGCUCCUGAUAUUCCUGGCAUUGAUCGAGACAAGUGCAUAAAAAUGGCAAUUGUACAUGAUAUUGCAGAAGCCAUUGUUGGAGACAUAACCCCUUGUGAUGGGAUAUCUAAGGCAGAGAAAAGUCGACAAGAGCAGGAAGCUUUAGAUCAAAUGUGCAAAUUACUAGGAGGAGGGUUGAGAGCCAAGGAAAUACAUCAGUUGUGGAUGGAGUAUGAGGAGAAUUCAUCACUAGAAGCCAAAAUUGUGAAGGAUUUUGACAAGGUUGAGAUGAUACUUCAAGCCUUAGAGUAUGAAAAUGAGCAAGAGAGGGACUUGGAUGAGUUUUUCCAGUCAACUGAAGGGAAGUUUCAAACUGAAGUAGGAAAAGCUUGGGCCUUAGAAAUAGCAUCAAGGAGAAGAGGGCACUAGAUAUCAACCCUUUUGGGAUAAUUUCCUGGACAGUACAAAUCUCUAACUGGUUUCUUUCAAUAUCAUUCAGAUUGUUAUUUUCUUUUCCAAUUUCCAAUUAUGACCCCUUUUUUAAAAUUAACUAAUCAUCAACCUAGAAGCAUUGGUAGUAGUUCGCCCAGCUAGCCAGCUGCUAAUCUUACUUGUUUAUAAAAUUAACUAAUCAUCAACCUAGAAGCAUUGGUAGUAGUUCGCCCAGCUAGCCAGCUGCUAAUCUUACUUGUUUAUUAUUUUAAUUAUUUUUUAUCAUAAUUUUUACCUGCCUAACCA